CGUUAUUCAUUUAUUCAUUUUUUUCAUUUUAUAUUUUUUGCUAUCUAUAUAAAUAUAUAAAAUUAAAAUUAAUUAUUUAAAGGCAAGAAGUUUCAAAAAAAGUCGCUUCACAAAUAUUUUAUUAAUUUUUUGAAUUCUUUCUACUUCCUUGUAUUAUUUCAUCCAGUUGUUAUUUCUAAUUACAAUUCUUAAGACUAAAAACAUCUGUGUAUAAUAAAUAUAUAAUAUAAAAAAUACGUCGCAAAGAAUUAUCAGGAAAGGAUAGAAUUUUUCUAAAAAAGCACGAUGGAUUCUAAGAGAUUAAACAAAUUUAGAACAAUAAAAAGAAAAUAUUAAAAUAUGGUUUCAUCAAUGAUGUCUCACCAGGGAAAUGUCGAUGAUGUUUCUGCAAGAAAAAAACAACCGAGAGGAAGAAGCCAUAAAACACUUCAGAAAGUAUUAAGCGAGCUACCGAACGUACCCGAACGAGUUAUACUGAACUACUCACUUACUAAAACAGAAAAUGAAAGUUUUGGUGUAACAAUAGUAGGUGGUGUUGGAACAAUGGUGCAAGAUAUUUACAUUAAAAGCGUUUCAAAAACUGGUGUGUGUGGAAUAAAUGACACACUCAAAGUUGGCGACCAGGUGCUUAUUAUAAAUGGUCGACAAUUGAAGAACGUAUCGCACCAAGAAGCAGUAAACUGUUUUCGUGAAUGCAAAACCAAAAUUGACAUCAUGGUUUCUCGAAUGAUCGAAAGUAAACCGCAAAAAGAACACAAUCGUCUAUCACCAUUUCACGGUCGAAUAAUUUCUUCGUCGUCCGAUUCGUGGGGAGAAGAACCAAUCAUUUUGGAGCAUAAAAUAAUUGAAGCUUCAAAUACAAAACCUUUAAAGAAAAAGACUGAAGAGAAUUUCUGGGGCAUAUGCGAUGUUUAAUUUCUGCGAUUACCCUCUUCCAAAUAAAUUAAUUGUGUCAAUGUAUUGGAAAGACAAUUCUCAGCUGCGUCAUGCUCCAGCGUGGGAUAAAUUAUUGGUGCUUAAAUUAAUCAAAUUAAAACGAGAUAUUUAUUAAAGUUUGCUUUUUACACAAUUAUGGUUUUUGUAAAUAUGUAUAUGUUAUUGUGAAUAUAAAUAUUCUCUCCCUGGUGGAGAAGACGAAAA